CUCAGUAAGGGGUAAAUACUCGGUAGGAGAUAGAUAAAACCAAUAAAUUUGUCAAUAUGACUAUGUGGGCAGACAACAUCAAGUUUGUCAAGGAUAUCCUAGACGGAAAAUAUAAAAAGAUUGACGAUGCUGUUGCUGAGGUAAAUGAAAAUGCUGAAAUUUUGCUGAAGGAACCUGAUGCAGGAAAAUCAAAGGAACUAUUUCUGAGUGCUGGUAGAACCCUGGAGUUAAUGGAAACUAAGGAAAUUCUGCAACUCCUACAAACCAUUCUUGAUGAUAUGCAUGAAAAGGAAAAAGAGAUUUUAGAAACAGAAGCUAACUCCAAGAUAGACAGUAGAUUAGCUGCGCUGGAAAAAUAUAAAAAGGUGAAGAGCCAGCUCAAGAUUUAAAUUCAAUUGAUCUCUUUUUACUAAAAUGCUGAUAUUUUUGAUUAAGCAAAUAUUUUCUAAGUUAAAAGAUCUUUUGAAUUUACACACUUUUAAUUUAUAUUUUGCAUGUUAUUAUCUAUUUGUCGUUUUUAACUGUAUUCAAAUUUUUUGAUAAUAUUUAUUUAUCAUGAAAAAAUAUAUUGAAUUAUAACAAUAAAUCUGUCAAAUGGA